AUUUCCCACAGUUCAAUGGUCGCGAGUGAAGAAUUGUGGGUAUUCUCAGCCGGAUUAGCGUGCUGUAGCUAGUCGUGAGGGAGAAGCGUGGCUAAUUCUUUAGGGUGAUUUACUUCUGUAAAGAAAGAUGUUACCGUCGUUUCUGAGCCCUGCAGCCUGCAGUACACCGGAAACUACAGCCGAUAAAAAGCAAAGCGUCGACAGAACCCUGCAGUUUCUAAUGGAAGCCUCCAUGCUGUAUAAAGACGCGUGUCCAGAGCAGGCACGGUUCCUCAUGCAAAAGCAUCAGACGAGUGCUCCUGCCCUGCCAGCGUUUGUGCUCUGCCCCUUCUGUUUCCAGUGGCGCCAGCCGGGUGAGUACCAUGUGCGGGUGUGGCCCAAGCGAAGGCCAUCAGCACAGGUGAGGAGGCUGCUCAGGAAAGAAGCAGCCCACAGGAGACUUGGUGCAGAAGAAAGAAAAGUUCUCCAGAAAUUCAAAAAGGCCUCCAAUGUUCUGAUGGCCACCUGUCACACCUGUAAUAAGACAUCCAGGCAAGUUGGAGUAAACAGGGAGUUUAUGGCUUCCUUUUCAAAAACCUAUGGCACUCCAGCGAGCACGAGCAAACGCAGGACACCUCAGUCAGCGAACAAAUCAACUCCAAAGUCUGGGAUCCAUGAGAAAACACCAGGCAGAACACCAGGCAGAACACCAGCGUCCAAAUCAUCCAACACCAGCAGCUCAUCAAAGUCGGUCAGUGGGAAGAUGUCCACUUUCUCUCGCCUUAAGAAGCUCCUGAUGGUUGAUGAUAACCAGAAGAGUAAGAGAGGGGGUCUGAAAGACUUCCUCUGUUCUUUGUGAGGGUCUUUAAUGGCACAGAAACCCUACAGCCUACUUGUGCUGUCUGGUGCUCCUGGAAUUCAGAGCGGCUCUCAGAGUGGGGCAAAGUGGGGCAGACUGCUGGUCACUGCAUCAUGUACUACAUUGCCACCUUGUGGACUGGAAAAGUAACUACAGCCUGAAUUACAAAUUCCAGGCUCUUCAUAUUUCUAGCCCAUUCGCCCUAAACCGUAUGUGUUCCCUCUGGAGUGUUUUGGGAUCAUUCCUGUCCAUAAGGGCCAUUUCAGCCUUAGCAAAGGUUUUCAGUACAGCUGGUAGACCAAAAACACUGUGUCUACCAGAUAAACUAUUUUGUUUAGGCUAUUUGUUCUUUUCAGAAUAUUAACUGACUGCUCCCUGUUUGCAUUUGCUUCUUUGGGUCAGCUUAUUGGGAGAAAGUCACUAUGGUUUCAGUAAAUUUUCAUUGAUUUGUUUGAGUUUACAGCUCUGUAUAUGUGAUCCUGUUAUUUUCAGAUCACUACUUUUUAUAUCAAUGCCUUUAUAACUUUUUUUUGUUUGUUUACUUGAUGCACAUGGCCAGGUCAAGUUAUGAUUACUAAUUAAGGGCUGCUAGUGGUUCACCAGUUGUUUACAUUUGAUGGGCUGUUUUUGCCCUGCAACUGUAUUGCACAGACCAAAGAUGAUGUGUUGUAUAAGACACUUUCAUGCUAUUUCAGCUUAAUGCAUCUUGUGUGUAAAUCAUUGAUUUUUAUUCACUUUACCACUUUGUAUUUUCAAUAAAUCAGUCACAAAGCAAGAGAA